GGGAACUUGUAACUGUAAAGUCUCUGUCAGCUCCUUCCUUCGUUUUGUUGUUUUAGGGUUAGGCUUAGCGUCUAUUUCUAUUUGUUGUUCUACAGUGAAAUUGGGGGUUUACAAUUCUCUUCUGUCCCAAACCCUAGAUUGAUUACCCAAUACUCGCAAUUGUUUUUCUUUCUUGAAAAUGGAUUCAAUUGAUCCUUCUAAGGGCAUGAGCACGCUUGACGCGACCAUGGAAGAUAGCUGCGGCGCCCGAUCUAAAGCACCGUGGAAGAAACUGGGGCCUGUAGAGAAGGAGGCAUCUGUGCACGAAGAGAUGAAGAGGAUGCAGAAGCUGCCUGCAAACAGUACUUAUGUCACUCAUCGGUUGCGGGUUCUCAACAAAAUUCUGCAGCUUUUGUCCAUUCAGAGAACUGCAUCACAAGAACAGGAGUUGGAGUUGCUUUUUGCUGGGCUUUCUAUGUGAACCCAACCAACCUUUUUCAGGCAGCGAAUCUCCCGUCAUGGAUAUCUGUAUUUCUGGAAAACUGGGUUCAGAUCUGUUCCGUUUCGCACUGAAGAUUGUAUGUUUUUGGCAAGCUAAACAUCUUACUCUUGUGUCUCUCAGGAAAAAAAAAAAAAACAUCUCUCUUGUGACCAUCUUUUGUACAUACCUUUGCAAAGUUUCUAAGCUUUAAGUUAACCAACAUUGUGAAUAUUUUUGUUUUUGUUUUUCUUGUAUCCUUGCCUGUUGAGUCUUGACAUGGUUGAACUGUACGCCAUUGUGGUAUAUGGAGGAGAAUGGUAUACUAUCAAUUUGGCGUUUUCAUUUCCCAUUUUAUUGGAUGGGUCAUUCUUGGUUUGGGUUUUAUAUGGAUGUAAUUUUCAGCUAUUUGAUUAAGAAUAUUCAUCCAAUAAGAGAUGAUAGAGGAUCUAAA